GGCUUCACAAGAGCCGGGGCUUUUCUUCCCGCAGCUUGCAAGGAUCUCUGGUUUUGGCAAAACAGUUCUGAGGAAACAAUGGCCAACUUUUCCUUAUGGGCAACUCUCGGAUUAUGUUUGCUGAAGCUUUGUCUAGCAGAGACACAAUUCAAUGUAAGUUGCAGAUAUGGAGGAGUUUUUCAUGUUGAGAAAAAUGGUCGCUACAGUCUCACACGACCUGAAGCAGUUGAACUCUGCAGAGCUCUCAAUAGUACCUUAUCAACACUGGAGCAGUUGAAGAAAGCCCAUGAACUUGGAUUUGAAACUUGCAGGUAUGGUUUUGUAGUGGGGAAUAUUGUUAUCCCACGGAUCAACCCCUAUCAUCUUUGUGCAGCAAAUCAUACUGGCAUUUACAAACUUUCGGCAAACACAACUGGUCGGUAUGAUGCAUACUGCUACAAUGCGACAGAAACAAGGGACAAAGCGUGUGAGCCAAUUGAAAGACUAGAUACUUCUUUCCUCAAUAAUCAGGGUGAAAUAGUCAUUGACAAUGCAGAUGGCUCACGUUACAACGCAGAUGGCACGCGACAUAGCGGAGACUCCUCCACCUCAGGUGUGGAUGAUGAAAAUAUAGGUAGUGGAUCAACACAUGACACAACUCCCGUGGAUACCACCACCAGGAGAUCCAGCCCCUCAUAUUACGGAAGUGUUACUCCAGUCUCACAGCUGCCAGACCAUUCUUCUGGAGGGGGUGAAAAAGAAAUUCCGAGAGAAGAUUCUGAUGAUGAAACUUCUUCUGUAUCAACUGACAUCCCUUUGGUGUCGACGGCUGAUGAUUACCCUGAAAAAGAUGGUGGACAGUAUCCUGCGAAUACUAGUAAGAUAUAUGUAUUACAAUAACUGCAUCAAAUAUAGAGAGCAUUAAAACUGCUUUCUUCUUCCAGCAGGACAUUCUGGUAAGUGGUUAAGUAUGCAUCAUCUCUAAUUCUGGGACGACAUUGAAAGACAGUACUUUCUAGACUGGUUAUGUGAGAAAUAAACUUCACGCUCUG